CUCAGUGGUUCAGCAAAAAGAAAACUAAAGAAAGAAAAAGAAAGAUGCUGCUUUGGUGCAGCAAAUACCUCCACCUCAACAUCCUUCACCAGGAAACAGAUGCAAGAUGAUGGUACUCAAAACAGUGGCGCCAGGUCAGCGGGAGCCUGAGCUGAUCACAUCGCCAGCGGAGGAUGAGGCGGGAAUGACGUGAGACUGUACCUGACGCUUCCUGUCACAAACUGCAGGAACGGGCUAUUCGCAAAUGGCCAGGAUAAAAAAAAUGACCCAGAGACGCCUGAACAGUCUGUCACUCAUGGCCAUAGAAGCCAAACUGGUCCGGGAGUUGGAGUUUGAUGACAUUAUCCAGGAAGAAGAUGAUGCAGGUGAGCUGCAGGUGAGUCUGAUUCAUGUCUGAAUGUAUUUAAGGCUGGUCUGUGAUUGGAGGAUGAGCGAGGGGGCAGGAAGUGUGUGAAAACAGUUGGAGCUGAAGUUGUUGUUGUUGUUGUUGUGUUCCGUGGUUACGGCUGACAGUAACCAUUAAUGUUCCGGCAAUAAACAGACGUUUUUCUAACUCACUCAUCGUCAUGGUAACCUCAUCUCUUCAACACGUCCUGGCGGAUGCUGCAAUAUGACGAUCUGUGAAUUAACGCGUGUGUAUGGAGAAAGAAAACGUGACGUCCAUCAUUGUGUGGCCAUGAUAGCGCGUCAGUGCCAGUGUAGAUGGUUCAGGUGUUUCCCGGUGUUGUUAUGGGAACAGCGCCUUUGCGCGCGCGCUGUUUGCGUGUAUAGGCACGGGCUCGUGGUCAUGAUAAUCCGUCUGUGCCUGCAGGUGUGUUUCGAUGUGCAGUCACCGUAGCAACAGCAGUUUAGGGACGGAGCUCGUAUGAAGCGACACCACGUUCCUGUGAGAGCCGACCACGACCUGCUGACCCCCAACACACAACAACACACACUGUUGGGGGUCAGGCUGCAUUCUGUAGUCCAGGUGAAGUCAGAGGUCGUGGCUUCUUCAUCAGGACACUUGUGUGACUCAUCCAGCAGCGAAUCAGCUUCCAGGUCAAUAAGGCGACGCACCCCCUCUCCAGCUCGUCAUCUGCGAUUCGAGGAUGAGACAGAGAAAGAAGCAGAGUCUCGUUACCUGGAGAGACAGAGGAGACGGGCGGGGGAAAGAGACACAGGUGUCCUGGUUUCUAAGCCAGACCUGAACCUGUAUGUAAAAGGCCAGAUGGGGACAGGGCGACAAAGGACUCAGGGAAUCAGGCAUGUUGUUGAUAGACUGCAAAGAGGAUGGAAAAUGGUAGGGGAGGCAGAUCAGUGUGACUCUAUCUAUAGGACAGUUUUAGGAGGUGGAGUCAACCUGAACCUCAAUGUACACCCUCCUGUACCUGAAGACCGGGGACAGAGUCUGUACGGGCCAUGCCUCAGCCUGCGGACUGAGCCAAUCAGAGAGACCUACAUCGGUUCGGCCACAGCUGGUGAAACUAGUGGGGGAGGGUGCGGGAUUCGACAUAUUGCUCCCAACCAGGUGAAGAGGAGGACCAGUCAAGCAGAACUUAAUGAAAACCUGGUGACCCUGCUUCAGGCCACAGCCAUCACAGAUUUGCCUAUCAACCCAUAUGCCCCUAACCAGCUGACCACUCCCACUCAGCCCUCCCAUCUGGCCCUGUACUCUAAAUGUCAAACCUCCUUGACUCCUCCUCUUGUGAUGAUGUCACAGAGCACAAAGGCAGGGAAGAAUCUGAACCAAAAACAGGAGGAGCCAGGGAGACCUGCAACAGCUGAGCCCCACAGAGAGCUGCAAUCUGGGGCAAAGGGGAAGGAGAAGAGCCCCUGUGUAGAUGUAGACCUGAAACUCAGUAUGAAGAACUCCUCCUCUUCCUCCUCAGAAACUACAGCUAAGAGCCAAUCUUCACCCACCUCAGAUUGCAGCAGUGACGGACAGAUCAAACAGCCAAUGAGAGCAGAGCUUCACUGUGAUGACACUUUACUUCCUAAAAGAAAUGAAUCUCCUCGUCUUUCUCUGAGACGUCUUUUCUCCGGUGUCAAACUGAGCAGGAAUCGAACCGGCAGCCUUGACCGCCACAGCUCGCGACCCUGCCCCUCAGACCCUGACCCCACCCCCUCAUGUUCUAGGAUGCCCUCUGGCAAACUGAAGAAAACACCAUCUGUUCAUUCGCUCAGUGUGGGGUCACCCUUGUUUCAGUUAAGGAAGUCCUCAUCAGUUCAGAGUUUUUUGUUGGAGCAGAAGAAAGAUCGUACUACUGGAAAUGCUACAUAUACUGCUGUAAAUACUACAGAUACUGCAGUUAGUACUGCAAAUACUACUCCAAAUAAAUGGUAA